CUCCGUGAUGGUGUAUGCGAUUGGGAAUGUGUGACGGGGUGAUGAGCUGCGUGGCCUUGUGGUUUUGCUUUGGCUGUGUGCUCCAAGUUUCCUCUAGACUUUCUUUGGGCCUGCCAAAGUGAAGUGACCGCAAGAGAAAGAGUCCUUCACUAAGCCCUAGAGUGAACGUUUCACGCCCGAAGGCGUAGGUCCAGUCUUGGGAUGAGCAUUGUACAUCCAGAAGUGUCCUCAUGACAUGCCACUAGGAAGACGUGAUGGGGAGGUUCCAGAGGACCCUGAGAAGGAAGAAAGAAUUGUUGCAUAUUUUGAAAUCAAGGUUCAGCUCUGGCUUUUCUGGAUUCUGUGCUUCACCAAUAGAGGAACCCCAUGGAUUAUUAAUUAGUUCUUGCAGUUCUAGAACCAUGACUGAUGGCUUGGUGACUUUCAGGGAUGUGGCCAUCGACUUCUCUCAGGAGGAGUGGGAGUGCCUGGACCCUGCUCAGAGGGACUUGUACGUGGAUGUGAUGUUGGAGAACUAUAGUAACUUGGUGUCAUUGGAUUUGGAGUCAACAUAUGAGAUCAAAAAUAUAAUUUCAGAAAAAGACAUUUUUGAAAUAAAUUUUUCCCAGUGGGAGAUGAAGGAAAGAAGUAAAACUUUUGGCCUUGAGGCAUCCAUUUUUGAAAAUAAUUCUAAGUGCAAAAACAAAUUUGAGGAACCACAGGGACAUCAAGAGGGAUACUUUAGUCAAAUGAUAAUUAGCUAUGGAAAAAUGCCCACUAGUAGAAAAAGUAAAUCUUUUAGUGCAUAUCAAAGAAUUCAUAAUAGAGAGAAACGCUACAUUUGUAAAGAAUGUGGGAAGGCUUGUAGUCAUGGCUCAAAACUUGUUCAGCAUGAGCGAACUCAUACAGCUGAAAAACACUUUGAAUGUAAAGAAUGUGGGAAGGACUUUUUUAGUGCCUAUCAACUCACUGUGCAUCAGAGAUUUCAUACUGGUGAGAAACCCUACAGAUGUAAGAAAUGUGGGAAGACUUUUAGUUGGGGAUCUAGUCUUGUUAAACAUGAAAGAAUCCAUACUGGUGAGAAACCCUAUGAAUGUAAAGAAUGUGGCAAGGCCUUCAGUCGUGGCUAUCACCUCACUCAACAUCAGAAAAUCCAUAUUGGUGUGAAAUCUUACGAAUGUAAGGAAUGUGGGAAGGCCUUUUUUUGGGGCUCAAGCCUUGCUAAACAUGAGAUAAUUCAUACAGGUGAGAAACCUUAUAAAUGUAAAGAAUGUGGGAAGGCCUUCAGUCGUGGCUAUCAACUUACUCAACAUCAAAAAAUCCAUACUGGUAAGAAGCCUUAUGAAUGUAAAGUAUGUGGAAAGGCUUUUUGUUGGGGCUAUCAGCUUACUCGACAUCAGAUAUUUCAUACUGGCAAGAAACCCUAUGAAUGUAAAGAAUGUGGGAAGACCUUUAAUUGUGGCUCAAGUCUUCAUGAGCGAACUCAUACAGCUGAAAAACACUUUGAAUGUAAAGAAUGUGGGAAGGACUUUUUUAGUGCCUAUCAACUCACUGUGCAUCAGAGAUUUCAUACUGGUGAGAAACCCUACAGAUGUAAGAAAUGUGGGAAGACUUUUAGUUGGGGAUCUAGUCUUGUUAAACAUGAAAGAAUCCAUACUGGUGAGAAACCCUAUGAAUGUAAAGAAUGUGGCAAGGCCUUCAGUCGUGGCUAUCACCUCACUCAACAUCAGAAAAUCCAUAUUGGUGAGAAACCUUAUAAAUGUAAAGAAUGUGGGAAGGCCUUCAGUCGUGGCUAUCAACUUACUCAACAUCAAAAAAUCCAUACUGGUAAGAAGCCUUAUGAAUGUAAAGUAUGUGGAAAGGCUUUUUGUUGGGGCUAUCAGCUUACUCGACAUCAGAUAUUUCAUACUGGCAAGAAACCCUAUGAAUGUAAAGAAUGUGGGAAGACCUUUAAUUGUGGCUCAAGUCUUGUUCAACAUGAGAGAAUCCACACUGGUGAGAAACCCUAUGAAUGUAAAGAAUGUGGCAAGGCCUUCAGUCGUUGCUAUCACCUCACUCAACAUCAGAAAAUCCAUACUGGUGAGAAACCUUUUGAAUGUAAGGAAUGUGGGAAGGCCUUUAGUUGGGGUUCAAGCCUUGUUAAACAUGAGCGAGUCCAUACUGGUGAGAAAUCCUAUGAAUGUAAAGAAUGUGGGAAGGCCUUUGGUAGUGGCUAUCAACUUACUCGACAUCAGAUAUUUCAUACUGGCGAGAAGCCCUAUGAAUGUAAAGAAUGUGGGAAGACCUUUAAUUGCGGCUCAAGUCUUGUUCAACAUGAGAGAAUCCAUACUGGUGAGAAACCCUAUGAAUGUAAAGAAUGUGGCAAGGCCUUCAGUCGUGGCUAUCACCUCACUCAACAUCAGAAAAUCCAUACUGGUGAGAAACCUUUUAAAUGUAAGGAGUGUGGGAAGGCCUUUAGUUGGGGUUCAAGCCUUGUUAAACAUGAGAGAAUCCAUACUGGUGGGAAAUCCUAUGAAUGUAAAGAAUGUGGGAAGGCCUUUGGUAGUGGCUAUCAGCUUAGUGUUCAUCAGAGAUUUCAUCCUGGUGAGAACCCUUAUCAGUGUAUGGAAUUUGGGAAGACCUUUGUUCAUGGCUCAGACCUUGUUCAACAUGAGAGAACUCCUAGUAAUGAUAAGCCUUAUGAAUAUAAAGGAUGUGGGGAAGCCUUUAUAUGGACAACUUAUUCAAAUGAGACCGUAAAUACUGGUGAAACUUUAUGAUUGAAGAGGUGAAAGAAAAAUUUUUGUGUGUAUAAACAACAUGAGGAAUCUUAAUCUUGAGAACACUUACGAAUGUAUGGAAUGUGCAAAAAGCCUUACAUCUGUGUGGACAACUUGAUAUCAAAAAUUCAUACUAGUGAGAAAUACUUUGAAUAUAAGGAAUAUGAAAAGGCCUUAGAAUUUUAUAUAGUCUUACUGAAUGUCAGUUUGUACUAAUGUGAAAUCAUUUAAAUGUAAGGAAUGUGUGAAGAUCUUUAUUCAUGGCACAAAAGUCUGGUAAACAUUGGGGAAUUUGUACUCAUUAGAAACACUUCAAGGAAUGUAGGAAGAACCGAAACCUAAUUCAGUUUUUGCUGUUCACAUUAGAGAACUCAUACUGCUGUGAAAUUUUAUGAAUGUAAGGAAUUUGGGAAGGCUUACAGAUAUGAAAAAUAUCUUACAGUACAUCAUAGAAUCCAUCCA